CCACAAAUUAGGUGAAGUUUUUUUUUCCCCACUACUAAAACAAAAACAGUGGUGGGUGAUUUAAUCUGAAGCUUGUUUGCUGAUAAAAACAGGUAAUUUAUGCCCCAAACACUUCACAAUAAUUUUGCAACCAAUUUGUGUCCAAACUUUCUCCUCCAAAAACAGCUCCCAAUGGCUUCACCAGCGAUGGCCAGUGUCAAAACCAUAGCUCAAACACCCAACUUAACCUCCAUUCCUUCCUCUUACGUCUUCUCCGCCGACGGUGGCGCUGUCGAUGCAGCUCCGCAAGGCGUCGAAGAUUCGAUUCCCACCGUUGAUUUCUCUCUUCUCACCAUGGGUACUCCCGAUCAACGAGCCGAAGUCGUCGAUCAGCUCGGCAAGGCUUGCCAGGACUGGGGCUUUUUCAUGGUGAUCAAUCAUGGAGUAGCAGAGACGGUGAUGACGGAGAUGGUGGAUAUUUGCAGAGAGUUUUUUGAUCUAGAGGAGGAAGAAAAAAGAGAGUACGAAACAAAACAUGUUCUUGACCCUAUCAGAUAUGGCACCAGCUUCAAUCCUAAGAUGGAGAAGGUGUUCUUUUGGAGAGAUUAUUUGAAAAUCAUGGUUCAUCCCAACUUUCAUGCUCCAACUAAACCUUCAAGAUUCAGAGAGAUCUCUGAAGAAUACUGCAGAAGAGUUCGAGAAUUGGCGAGAGAAUUGGCGAGAGGGAUCUCAGAAAGCUUGGGAUUGGAAGGGUGCACUUUGGAGAAAGCAGUGAAUUUGAAAUCAUGUUCACAAAUUCUAGUAGGAAACUUGUAUCCACCAUGUCCACAGGCAGAGGUAGCAAUGGGGUUACCCCCUCAUUCUGAUCAUUGCCUUCUAACUUUUAUUCUUCAAAACAAAAUUUGUGGCCUCCAAAUCUUGCAUCAAGGAAAGUGGGUCAAUGUCAAUCCCAUUCCCAACUCCUUCCUCGUCAAUACCGCUGAUCAACUCGAGAUCUUUAGCAAUGGGAAGUACAAGAGUUUGCUGCACAGAGCAAUAGUGAACAAGAAGGCCACAAGAAUGUCUGUAGGCAUAGCAAUUGGGCCAUCACUUGACACAGUGGUUGGUCCAGCCCCAGAAUUGGUUCAUCAACUCACCAAUCCUCCUUUGUAUAAACACAUCAAAUACAAAGACUAUAUGGAAUUGGUGCAGACUAACGAUCUCCAACACAAAUCCAUGUUGGAUCUUGUUCGUUUGGUUUAAUUUUAGCCAUUUCCAAGAUCUGAAUUCCAACCCUUCUGGGAUUUCAAAUAUUAUAUGUCGUUGUCGUUCGGUUAAAUAUAAUUAUAAUCUCAAACUUUUCGAAUGUAUUAAAGUUUAAUCUUCAGGUAUUCUGGAUGCAA